CCAACUAUAAGAUAAAAUUCCAAGUCGCCAACAGUACAAAAAAAUUGAAUGUAGGCAGUAUAGUAGUGGGUGUAUUGCGCACUGUAGUUGUCAAAUGAAACACAUAUUUUCAUUCUCCAUGCCGUAUUAGGAUUUACUAUCACUGAAAAAAUGUCAUUUCCAUCUGCAAUACGCCUCGAUUUAACGGACUAACACAUUUCACUGAUGGUUUCAAUCACCGCACCACGUUUUAUGGCCAUAGUAUUGUAACCAGGUUAUUUCUUUUGAAAUUAUUCAUUCUUACAUUUAAACUCCCAAUCAUUUAUUUUUAUACUCAUAUCAUCUGGAUUGUAAAUAAAAACCAGAAUACAAAAAUGCAUUUUUCAAUUCCUGACACUCAAGAAUUCAUCGAUGGAUCCGGGAAUUCUUUUGUGAGUUAUAAUAUCCAUAUAAAUGGACUCUUCCAUUGCUCAGUAAGAUACAAACAAAUGUUGAAUCUUCACGAGCAAUUAGUGAAAGAAAUAGACGUAACACUUCCAACAUUUCCACCUAAAAAAUUCUUCCCAUUGACUGCCAAUCAACAGGAAGACCGUCGCCUGUCAUUGGAGAAAUAUAUCCAGACAAUUGGCCAAAAUCCAGCGAUAAAUAAUUCCGAGUUAUUGAAUGGAUUCCUGCUGAACGCCCAGCAAGAAACGAGUGCUCGGGUGAUGGAAAAUGACGAGUUUGUUGUCUAUCUAAUGAAUAAUCAAGAGAUAAAAUUACAGGUAUCGACCGGUGAUAGCUCAACAAAAGUAUUAGAGAAAAUUUGCCGUCAUCUGAAUUUACCGCCUCAGUACGAUUCAUAUUUCUCUUUGUUCAUCAUCGUUGAGAAUGAGAAUGGAGAUGUCAAUAUUCUGCGAAAGCUGCAUGACUUUGAGUCUCCUUCAUUGACACGUGCUAAUGUUAAUUUUACAAACGUUCAAGUAGUUCUUGGUAAAGGCUACUGGGACAUAAAAAAUGAUAGUAAAUUAAUUAGUGACCCCGUAGCACUUAAUUUGCUUUAUAUUCAAGCGGUUGCUGAAGUAAACCGCGGAUGGAUUUUAGUGCCAAAUCCAUUGCAAACUCAUUUGCAAGAUUGUUACAAUAAAAAUAAUAAAAAUGAGUAUUUAAAAUUGGUGAGUUCGUUUAAAUAUUAUGGUUUUAUACAAUUUGCACCGUGCUAUUGUGAUUUUCCUCAGGCAAACACCAAAGUGCAAGUCGCUAUUGGUAGAAAUGAAUUAAAUUUGCGUAUUUUUAUGGAAAAUAACGAAGAACAUGAAGCAAUAUUUAAAGUAACGCGUAUGCGAUGUUGGCGAAUCACUACACUCCAGAAUAAUUUCAUUGAUAAGAAUAAUAAAGAGGAGACUAAUGACUACAGUUUAGAAUUGUCAUUUGAAUAUCUGGUUGCUAAAAAUCAACUGCAGUGGAUCACGAUAUCUUCAGACCAGUCGAUACUGAUGUCUGUGUGCCUUCAGAGUAUGAUCGAUGAGUUGUUACUGAGACACGUAAGUAGUCCUAAAAAUAAUCAACUGAGUGGAAAAUCGUGGACUUAUAUUAUGAGAGAUGGUCACAGCAGAAUCACCAUGGGCUCUAAUAUUUCUCAAAGUGCUCCGGGUACGCCGACUAUCAACAGUGAUAGGGUACAAAAAGACAAAUUUAAUCAAGACUCUGGUGGAAGAUCAGAUGAUACUGUUAUUAAAAAAUUAUCUGAGCGAUUUUCAAAUGCCAGAAAUAAAAAGACAGAUUGUAGAAUGACAACUCGGUUAAAACAACCGAGUACGAGUAACUGUGAUAUCAUGGAAAAUAAUGCAUUUCAUAUGAUAGGUGAUGAAGAUCUUUGAAAUAAAAAUUUUGUACAGAUAAAGAUUAUUGUCGUCAAUUAAAAUAAUUAUUAUUGAUAUAUUAUUUGUAAAGAAGAUUUUUAUAAUGCACUAAAAAAUAUCGUAA